AUUGAAAUUGUCCACUGCUUACCUACCCUUCGGCUGUUCUACCAACUCCACACCAACAACCAGUUGAAUCUUGGAGACUGAAAAACGGUGAACGGCCAUUCUAGACUUGUUAUUUCCAUUAGCACAAGUCUCUGUAUGCUCUCGUUCAUAAGUUUACCGUUUUAGAUUUUUAUUAUUACUAAUUUUUGUUUCUGAUAUCACGUAUAUACCCAUUUCAUUAAGUCAUUUUUGCAGAAAGAUACCUAUUCAUUUGCGACGUGAUACCAGCCGUUUUUACACUACAGAAUUACACAGGUAAAAAACGGCUCAAUUUUAGAUACCUUUGUGAUGCAACGCAACAAUCUGAAGCACCGGGAAGGAACCAACAAGUAUACUCCGGGAAUGGCAAAUUCAGCAGUUUCUGUUGCGGCGACUCGCUCGCACAGUAACUUUCCCGGCAGAGACAGAUCAAAAAUCUCGAUGAAUCAUCCAAACGAUAGUCACUUGUCGGCAAUCCAGGACUUCUAUAUCUCCAGCAUUCAAUCGAGUAUACCGUUCGAGUCAGAUGCCAUAAUUCCUGCUUACGGUAUUGGUGAUAUGAUUGUUCCAGAGAUAAACGAAAACGUCUUAAAUCCAGCUCUUGGUUCGCAAGUGAGUCUCGCCCGUCCUCACUUUCAAUAUGCGAUGCCCAAUAUAUCUUCAUCAAGUGUCAUGUCCACUAUCAAACGAGCAACAAACUCUUCAGAAAUUCCACGCUCUUCGUCCGGUACAAGUCGAUUUGCCUCAUCGUUGUCUGUAGCGCAAACGUCUCACGAAGAUCCUCGCAGCCAUCGUCAGCAUAAUGCUUCCCCGCUGCAGAAACAAGUCCAGUACGAUAUUCCUUUUGCUUUACCCAUAACGGGUGAAGAGCAGCUCGUAUGGUUACAACAAAAUGAAGAAGCCGCGCACUCCAAUGAGCCCGAAGCGGCUCUUGAGUGGGCAGAGUUUGCGCUCAAUUGUUGUGCUAUUGAAAUCCCUUACUAUCAAACGAAUCGCCCAGACUCCCAAACACUCGAGGCCCUUGAGCAGGUUUGCACUUUUGCCCUCACUACGAUUCGUGAUUUUGCAAGUCAAGGUAACAUUAGAGCUAUUUAUGAUGACGCCCGUACCUACGAAGUGGGGAUAUUCGAUGUCUGCUCUGACAUCGACCAAGCUUGGCAAAUGUAUGCAGACUCAGCCGCCCAGGGCCAUGCUCGAAGCCUGUAUCGUUUGGGUGUUAUUUUGGAGGAGCAAGGCGACCUGGAGGGUGCUGUGCAGUAUUUUGAGCGCGGCAUUGAAGAAAACGAUACUGCUUGCUGCUGGAGGCUAGGUUUAUUGAUACUGGAGGGCGAACUCGAUAACAUGGGAUAUGCCGAACAACGCAGCCGUGGUGUCGACUUAAUUAGACAAAGUGCGAAGUAUGCCGAUGCAGAUUCUCCUUCCGGAUUAUACAGCUAUGGCUUACUGCUUUUGCACGAACAUCCCGGUUUUGUGGAUCUCGAUGCUGAAAAUGUACAAGUAGAGCGUGACGAACAUACUGCUGUGCGCUCGUUUGCGAAAGCGGCCUUCCUCGGCAAUUCUUCCGCUCAACUACGUAUGGGUGCUGUGUUUGAAUUUGGUAAAUAUGGCCUUCCGUUAAAUCCAGAAUAUUCUGUUUUGUAUUACACACUUGCUUCCCGUCAAGGAGAGACGGAAGCCGAUGUUGCGCUGUCAAAGUGGUAUUUACAUGGUGGACACAAUGUCCCCAAAGAUGCUGACCUUUCAUAUGAACAUGCUUCAAAGGCAGCUGUCGCUGGAAAUGCGACUGGUCAGUUUAUUACCGGUUACAUUGAAGAGAUGAGAGGUAACAUUGAUGAUGCUAUCAAUUGGUACUCAGCAGCCGCCUCUAAUGCACAUGAAGAGGCGCAAGACCGUCUACAGAAAAUCCAAAGAAAGCGUUCUCAUGCUUCACAAGCUGCACAGGCCCCUCCUAAUGAAGAGCCUGUUGCUCAAGCACCGCGGACUGUUUCGGAACUUAAGAAAGCGUCCGUUCGUGCUUCCAAAGAAAUUACAAGCGUUGCCCAAAACAAUCCGACUGCUGCCAAGGGAGCUAGUUCCUCGUUGGGUAACAGACACUCCUCAAAGACCAAGAAAAAUGGCUGCACAAUAAUGUAAAUCCUAAAGGCACAUUCGUUUUGUUUCCACCCUCCCGCACGCUGGCAUCUAAUCUAAACUUGCGAUAAUUUCAUCACAUCUGUCCAUCUUUAUUUUGUCUUAUGAUUUUGUCUUCUAUUAUUUUUUUUUCUCAACUCAACAGGAUUUUACGAUUUUUACGCGCGUCAAAAAUGUCAAAACCUUCCCGCUCAAAUGAUCCUACAAUCCUCUUUUUUUCGUCUUUUCCAAAGAAGACACAGAUCGAAAUGAAGCUUUAGGCACUACUAGCAUAUGAUGCAUUUUUCCGACAAUUUUGCAACAUCACCUAUCCUUCUUCAUCACCAGAAUGAGUUCGCAUACUGCGUAUAAUUGAUUACAUACAAUACAUUCACUAAUAGAUGCUCUUCUGUCAAUGUAGUAGAACUCGUAAUGAAGGGUAUUAUCAUAUACAUACUUUAUACGCACUCGCAGUGUUCAACCAAAUCUAAAACCCCA